AUGGCAGCAACACGGUGUCUGGUGCUUCUUUUCUUUUCUCUGAGUGUCGCAGUGAACACAGAGGUGGAUCUGCAAAAGAGAAUCAUCGGAGGUCAUCAGUGUGAGCGACAGUAUCACAUCAAACUGAGAGCAGUUGUUGCAGGUAAAUCUUCAAGCUUGUGUGGAGGCUCUUUGAUCAGUGACCGCUGGAUUCUGACUGCAGCUCACUGUCUGAAGCCAGGAGGGAUCAUCUUUGCAAAUGUAAGCAUGCAUCAAGGGGCUCCACAACAAGAAGUGCAGAUAACAGCAAAACCUGAGAUUUAUUCAGACAACAACAACAACAACAACAACAACACGGUGAGAGAUCAUGACAUCAUGCUGCUGCAGCUACCGAGCACCUCUGAGGUUCCUCCUAUAGCACUUCCUGACUGUGGAAACCGUCCUGAAAGAGUUGAGAUUGCAGGUUAUGGCGCCACCACUGGACAAGCUCAUGGGAAAAGAAAACCUGGUGAAUCACCUGCUCUUCAUUGUGCAGACAUUGAGAUUGUCGACUGUAAAGAGCUCAGUGAUAUUUUGCAGAAAGAAUUCCCAGCGGCCUAUCAAGUCAAGAAAUAUCAGCACUGGUUCUGUGGACAAACUCCCGGCAUAGAUAUAUGUCGGGGAGACUCUGGUGGAGGAGCGGUACAUAAUGACAAGAUUUAUGGGGUCAUUUCCUUUCUGGGAAAUCCUGACUUUGUCUGCAGAGCCCCAGCUGCAUUCAUGGACCUCUGUGAUCCCGAAUAUGCAGCUUGGAUCAGGAAAACCAUUAAAGCGCUUUGA